UGAUGCGCCUGCUCCGGCCGACAACUCCAAAAGCGAGGGCGUCGCGGGCGGGCUGGCCAAUCCCGCUGCCAGCCAGCCAUCCAGAGCCGCGCUGUUGGCGCCCGUCGGCUGCAGCUCCAGUAGCCCUAUGCACAGCACCUCAGCUCGCUGGCGGCGUUGGUGCUUCAGAUUGCCCAGCGCGGACGCCUUGGCGGUGUCAUUGUUGUCGGCGGGCCCUGGAGCGUCGCUCCAGUCCCUGUCUUUGCCGCAGUCCCUCGAAUCACCUUGCGAAUAAAGCCCCCGUCCACCCCUAGCUCUCGCUCACGCCCGAAGCUAUGGACGUCACCCUCGACGGCGUCUUCUCGCGUGUCGAGACGGCCUUCACCACCCUCGUCGACUCCAUUGCCGCAUACAACCCAUCCCUGCAGGCCGCCGGUGACCUCAUUGCUGCCGACGAUGAGCUGGCCCGCGGCAUAGAUAAGCUCGCACAGCACCGAGAGAACAGCGCCCGCAUCCAUGUCCUGCGCGCCGAGCGGGAGGCUCUUGAGGAGCAGUUCAGGUCGUCCGUUGCUGCCCUUGCGGAGCUCCGACGGGACCUUUUUGCGACGCCCGUGACCAAGUUCCCUGACGACCUGCGCCCGGUGCCCUUUGACGAGCUGCUGCAAUAUGCAAAGAACAUUGCCCAGUCCACCGUCCCUCCGACGUACCGCGAAGCCCUGCCAGAGAAGCAAUCCGAAGACAGGUCCAAACCCACAGAAGACGGCGCAUCGAGCGCAGUGCCCUCCAAUGCGGUAGGAACGCCAGCACAGCAACCCGCGCAGGAAGCACCCCAACACACCGCUGAAGUUCAGGCCAGGGAAGGCGAGGAGCAGGCCAUCACAGAGGAGGAGGCGGAGUGGCUGAAGAAGCUCAAGGCGAGCGGCUUUGCCUGGUACCCCUGGCCUGACGAGGACAAGAUUCGGCGCGGCAACCUGAUGCAGAUCCAGCAUGUGCUGGACCGUGGCAGGGACCCCACGAGCGAAGACCUCACGAAGCUGGGCGAGGAUGAGAAGGACCGCAUAGCGGCAGAGGCGGCACAGGCCCAGGUAAAUCAAGAAGCACAAGCUGCACAAGCGCAGGCGCAGGCGAAGGCGCAGGUGCAAGCCCAGGCUCAAGUCGCUGCUCAAACUGCAGGAGUAGAAGAGAGGCAACCACAUGCGCUUCCACCGAAGCCAGCCGAGAAGCCGCAACAGUUUGCGGGCUUCGACGACCUCGAUUCAGAUGACAAUAGCGAGUAAGGCUCUCAAACUCUCGCCUUUUGUCUACUUGCGAAGAAGAGAUCUGAUGAUCUCUAUGGAAAUUGCCGAAUACAUCGUGCUCAAUGUCUUUCAAUCUCCCUGAUGUUCAGUUCAGUCAGCGGAAGAGGGGUGCUGAGAUAUGGCCAGAGAAGUCGCUGUUUCACCAGCUAGGACAUACGAGCAGGACAAAAAAUAUUGAAGUUAGGUCUACGAGUGGUGCCACCAUCUUAGCCAUUUCGGCAUCCUGUCAGCGGAGGUCAUCAGUACUAUCAAUUCAAGGACAUCUUGAAGAUAAUAUGAAGCUCUAUCUUCCAUGUGCAUA